AGUUUCAAAAAUAAUGUUAACUUCCGUUUCUAAAAUAUCCAUUAUCUCAACAGAAUCUUUAAAAAAUGUUUCAUCAAAAAUUAGCUUAUCAAAAGGAGAUUAUGAAAACACUCCUUUCAUUCAUGUGGAACAGGCGAUCUGGUUUCUUCGUUUGGAUUUUGUCAACUCAGACGGUUGGGCAAGAAAAAUUAACAAUGCGAUCACUGGAAUUUUUCUGAUUUCCAGUAUGUACUAUCUCGGAUUUAUGGCAAAAACAAUGUUUUACAAGUCGUCGUUUUAUGUUCUAGAUAUGUCUCUUCAACUUCUCAGUAUGAUUUGGCAUUUUGAAUCGAUUCUUUCAAUGAUAUUUCUGGUUUACUGGCAAUACAGCGGGCAGUUGGAGUCGUUAAAAGCUAAAUUGGAAAUUUGCCAAAACUUCCAGGGACUCAGAAGUAAAACUCGAAAGUUUUAUGACGGUGCUCGAUGGUUCAUUAUUCUUUAUGUUAUCACAACUUUAUUCAAUGUGGUUUAUUCUGGAAAGUACUAUUUCGAGAAAUCACAUUCGGUUUGGGCACUUCAGAUUUCAGAGAUGUUCUACUACAAAGAGCUUCGGUUUAUAAUGUCAAUUAUAAGUUCGUAUAUGUAUUCUGUAUGGCUAACUACUACAUAUGUAUUUGUAACUUAUGCUAAUGCUGCGUACUUUGAAAUAUCAUUUUUCAAUAAGGAAAUCAGAAAUCUUGCUGGAACCCGAGCAUACAUUAAAGGAGAAUUGAUUAAGAAGGUCGAAACAUUUCGAUUGUUGAGUGAAGCCAUCACCGAGUUGGAUAGUGUGUUCCGGCUCUAUACAUUUGCCAUGCUUGCUACAGUAAUCCCCAUCCUCAUAUUCACUCUAAUGAUGCUUAACCAACAUCUCUCCUCUUUCACUGACUUUCUAAUUUGCAUGCCGUUCAUUUUAUUCUGCACUUGUGCAUUCUGCUCGGUAACCAUUGCACCGGCUCGUGUUCACGAAGAAUGUCAAAAUCUGAAACAUUCUUUGUGUAGAAAUUCAAAUAUCUGGCAGCCGUAUGAUGUUGAAGUCUAUCAAUUGGCAACAACAUUGGCCAGUCAUUGCGAGCAGGAUGGAUUGGGAAUUUCCAUUUGGGGAUUUGCAACACUUUCGAGACCAUUGAUUUUGGGAACACUAUCUGCCACUGCAAUGAUGAUGUCUCUGCUGACCGAUUUGAAGCCCGAACGAAUUGUUGAAGUUGAAGUGGAAGCAUAGAAAGCAUGUUAUUAAUUUAUAUGUUUUCUUAUAUUUAAGUGUUACUUACCUUCAUAAACGUAUUACUUUUC